AUGUAUGAUCUAGCAUACCCUAAGACUCAUGAAAUCAAAGUAAUAUUUAAAUAUAAUUUAUUUAUUAGAUGAUAAGAGCAUAAGAAUGUUGUUGUUAUUAAUUUUACUUUUUGAAAUGGAUAAAAAAGCAAUUUAAUGGAUGGAAUAAAAACUUGAUUAUUUAGGUUGCUACAUAAAAUAUCCAAUUUAAAUGUUUAACUACUUCAAUUCCUAUUUGA